CCACCCUCCUCCUACUUUAUUAUUAUUUUAGUACAUUAAACAGCGCCAUCAUGUCAAUUUUAAAAUUGGGUAGAAAUGCUUUCAUGAAACAAUUCAAAUUAAAAUGUCUACCAGUAAGGCAAUCAACAGUUAUCAGUUCUUCAUCACUGCGAAUUUUACACCGAAAUUAUGCAGUCAUUCCUCCACGAUAUCCACCUAUGCAAUAUAAACGACCUACAUCAUUAAAUAAUCAAUAUACAAGAUUUUCAAAUAACGAAAGAGGGUCAUUCUAUAUGUCUAAACGCUUCUGGUUAUUUAUUGGAACAGGUACUGUCAUAUAUGGUGGAUAUUAUGUAACUCAUUUGGAAAGAGUGCCCAUCAGUGGCCGUAUUCGAUUUAUGAACGUAUCCCCUAAAUUAGAGGAAGCAAUGGCAAUACAAGCUUAUAAUGAAGUGAUGCAUGAAUUUCGUAACCGCAUAUUACCCGCAAAUCAUCCUUAUACAAGGUUUGUAAGAAGAAUAGCUCAACGUAUCAUUCAAGUUUCCGGCAUGGAAGAUAUGAAAUGGGAAGUUCAUGUUGUAAACUCUCGCGAAAAAAAUGCAUUUGUUCUCCCGGGAGGAAAAAUAUUUGUUUUUACAGGAAUUUUACCUAUUGUUCAAAAUGAAGAUGGAAUGGCUGCAGUGCUAGGUCAUGAAAUAUCACAUCAACUUGCUCGUCAUAGUGCUGAAAAACUUAGUUUUGUAAAGAUUCUUCUUGCAAUUCAGUUAACACUUUCUCUUUUAGGAAUUGAACCUUCUUUUCUCUUUAAUCAAUAUACUUAUAAUUUUAUAAUGAUGAAGCCAUUUUCACGUAAAUGCGAAAUAGAGGCAGAUGAUAUAGGUAUUCAAUUAAUGGCACAAGCUUGUUUUGACCCUAAAGAAGCAAUUGAAGUAUGGAAACGUAUGGAGUUAUAUAAUGCUACAGAUAUUCCUCAAUUUGCUAGCACACAUCCUAGUCAUGAAAAUCGCAUAAAAUAUCUUACAAAAAAGGUAAAUAGGAUAAUCAUGACCACUAUUACUACUACGACUGCUGCUGUUUAACGUAUAAACAUUUCGUUAUAAAAUUUAUAGUUACCUUCUGCUUUAGAAAAACGUGCCCAAAGUGAUUGUUCAAGUGAACUGCAUUCAUUAGCUGAUAAAUUUAAAAACACUUGGGUGCGUUGGUAAAUAGACUCAAGUGCGCAUAUAUACUUUAGUAGAUGUACAAAUAUGUAUUGUUAUAAUUUAAAUGAAUGAGACAGACUAUAAUUAUUAUUAUUUAUUUUAUUUUUACAUG